CGUAUAUCGUUCGAAUAAGCUAAAUCAACAUGUUCAAAGUUAUUGCAUUCGUCUUCAUGGUUAUCGCUUGCGUUUGCGCCGCUCCAAAGCCAGAUGUGCUCACAUAUAGUGCUCCAGUUGUUGCCGCACCACUGGUUACAAGCAGUGCAGUAGUUUCACGCGAAUUCCAUGGAAAUACAGCUGAAUACGUUGCUGCUGCUUAUCCAUAUGUCUCUACAUAUUCGUCCCCUUAUAUUGCUGCCGCUCCAUACUCGGCUUACACCUCAACAGUUCUAUUGUAAAUUCAUAUAAUUUAUUCGCAGAGAAAACACAGAAACUACCAUCGAUUUAUUUUCAAUUUGUAAAUAAAAUCAAUAGAAAAUAAACACAACAUAACAUCACAAUUUGUA